AUGGUACUUUUCGGAAUAUUUUAAAUCCAAAUUGUAUGCUACUAUAGAUCGUUCGGUUGGGAUUUGAUCGACCAAAAUAUAGCGAGGGGGAAAUUUGACGACUAAUUAUGUAGACCUUGAAAUGAAAUGAAGUGCAAAUUUACCAGUUUUUGAUUAAGUAUCAGAUGGUCAGGUGAAGUAUAUAUGCCUUCCUUUGGCGUUUUUAAUUGUCGCCAAAUCUCAUGAUGAAACAACUGGGGUGAUUUUUCUUUGUUUAGCUAUAAUUGUGGAAAUGGUGCCUAUGCUAAUCAAAUAGAGAAUUGUUAUAGGCAAGACACAGGCUGGUGAAAUCUGAAAAUUGCUGUAUUCGAAAGAUGUUUUAACAGGCAAAAAGUAUGUUAAGGUCUUCAAAAAAAUAUCGAAAAUAUAAAGGAAUAAGCAUACCAAAAAUUCGUUAAAAUUGUCCUUCAAAAUGGCUAUGUCAAAGGUCAUACGAGUACUGGAGAAAUCUAUUCCACCAUCACCUUAUAGUGUGCUCCUGGAGCAUCGAAAUAAAAGUGAUAGUAUUCUUUUUGAAUCCCAUGCCGUUGCACUGCUAACCAAUCAAGAAACAGAUGUAAUACGUAAGCAAUAUGUAAAGUUAUGUGAUGCAUAUGGUUGCCUUGGCGUCCUACAACUAAAUGCUGGGGAAAGUACGGUUUUGUUUCUAGUGCUUGUUACAGGAUGUGUUUCUAUGGGAAAAAUCUGCGAUAUAGAAGUUUUUCGAAUUACACAGACACAGUUUGUUGCUUUGCAGAACGCAACGCCGAAUGAAGACAAAAUAUCGGAGUGCCGCAAGCUGCUGAACUCGGGCACAUUCUACUUUGCACACUCGAAUACUUCGAUGAGUUCUUGUUUACAGAAAUUCGAUAUAACAUUAUGUGCUCAGCGCCGCCAAAAGAUAUCUGAAACAGACAAUCGUUUCUUUUGGAAUCGAAUGAUGCACAUACACAUGCUUCGAUUUGGUGUCGAUUGCCAUUCCUGGUUAUUGAAGGCAAUGUGUGGAUAUGUAGAGGUUCGCACAGUCUAUAUUGGUGCUAAACAAGCUCGAGCCGCUAUUAUAUCAAGAUUAAGUUGUGAGCGUGCAGGAACUCGAUUCAAUGUAAGAGGAACUAAUGACGAAGGGCAUGUGGCUAACUUCGUUGAAACAGAGCAGGUGAUCUAUGUGGAUAGUGAUGUGACUAGUUAUAUACAAACACGUGGAUCUGUACCCCUUUUUUGGGAGCAGCCAGGUGUGCAAGUGGGCUCUCACAAAGUAAAAUUAUCUCGAGGUUUUGAGGCUUCAGCUGCUGCAUUCGACCGACAUAUGAUGAUGAUGAAACAACGUUACGGAUAUCAGGCUAUAAUUAACCUUUUGGGUACUUCAAUGAUUGGUAGUAAAGAAGGGGAAGCUAUGUUAAGUAACGAAUUCCAGAGGCACCACAAUAUGUCAACUCACAAAGAUGUUCCCCAUAUUAUAUUUGAUUACCACCAGGAGUGCCGUGGUGGAAACUUUGGCGCCCUUUCGAAACUUAAAGAACGUUUGGGAGUUUGUGGAGUAAACUACGGUUACUUCCACGCUUCUCAGGGACAAGUGUUGCGGGAACAAUUUGGUGUUAUUCGCACAAAUUGUCUAGAUUGCUUGGAUCGUACCAACUGCGUUCAGACCUACUUAGGUUUAGACAUGCUAAUUCAACAAAUUGAAGCUCUAAAGCUAGGAGAGAAAAAACAAAACUUUUCUAGAUUUGAAGAAAUAUUUCGUCAGAUGUGGAUAAAUAACGGCAACGAAGUUAGUAAAAUUUAUGCAGGUACUGGUGCAAUACAGGGUGGUUCCAAACUAAUGGACGGCGCGCGCUCUGCAGCUCGUACUAUUCAAAAUAAUUUGUUAGAUAAUUCUAAGCAGGAAGCUAUUGACAUUUUAUUGGUCGGUUCAACACUCUCUUCAGAGUUGGCUGAUAGGGCUCGUAUAUUAUUGCCAUCAAAUAUGCUGCAUGCACCAACUACAGUAUUGAGAGAAAUGUGCAAACGGUAUGCGGAGUACGUGGUCCCACGUACAUGUCGAGUUGCUGUGGGUACUUAUAAUGUAAACGGCGGUAAGCACUUUAGAAGUAUUGUUUUUAAGGACUCUUUGUCUGAUUGGCUCCUUGAUUGUCAUGCCUUGGCUCGAGCUAAAGCCUUAGUCGAUGUGAAUAACCCUUCAGAGAAUGCUUGUGCUCCCGUUGAUAUAUACGCCAUCGGUUUCCAAGAAAUUGUGGACUUAAACGCUUCUAAUAUUGUUGCUGCCAGCACAGAUAACGCAAAAAUGUGGGCAGAAGAGUUGCAAAAAACUAUUUCUCGCGACAAUGAUUAUGUACUUCUCUCUUAUCAGCAGUUAGUCGGCGUAUGCCUAUAUAUAUAUGUUCGACCGGAACAUGCGCCGUUUAUUCGUGAUGUGGCGAUUGACUGUGUGAAAACCGGAUUGGGUGGUGCUACCGGCAAUAAGGGAGCAUGUGCAAUACGUUUUGUUUUGCAUGGAACUUCAAUGUGCUUCGUUUGUGCUCAUUUUGCUGCUGGUCAGUCACAGGUUGCUGAACGUAACGCAGAUUAUGCUGAAAUAACAAGAAAGUUGGCGUUUCCAAUGGGUCGCACUUUAAAGUCACAUGACUGGGUUUUUUGGUGUGGCGAUUUUAAUUAUAGAAUUGAUAUGGAAAAGGAAGAUUUGAAAGAAGCUAUUCAGAAUGGGGAUCUUAAAUCCGUACUAUUAAGUGAUCAGUUGCGAAAGGAACAAGAAUCUGGGAAUGUAUUCAGUGAUUUUCUGGAAGGAGAAAUAAAUUUUGAUCCUACAUACAAAUAUGAUCUGUUUAGUGAUGAAUAUGAUACGUCGGAAAAGCAAAGAGCUCCUGCUUGGACCGAUCGCGUGCUUUGGCGGCGACGUAAAGCUUUAGCUGCCGAAACAGAUGUUACUAGCGUUGAGUGGAAUCCAGGCAAACUUAUUCAUUAUGGCCGUUCAGAGUUAAAGCAGAGUGAUCAUCGUCCCGUUAUUGCUAUAAUAGAUGCUGAAAUUGUUAAAAUUGAUACAUACCGUAGACGAGAGGUUUUCGAACAAGUUAUAAGAGACUUGGGACCACCUGACUCUACCAUUGUUGCAAACGUGAAAGAAGAUGCUGUUGAUGAAGAUGGCCCUACCAUUUACGAUGAAGCUGUUAUGUCUACACUCAUUCAAGAGUUAUCAAAGUUGGGCGAGGUUACGCUGGUUCGAUAUGUAGAGGACACAAUGUGGGUAACAUUUCGGGAUGGUGAAUCAGCAUUACAUGCCGGCAAUAAAAAAUCUAUACGCAUUUGUGGAUUGGAGUUACAAUUAGAAUUAAAGACCGCCAAUUGGCAACCUAUAGUUGAUAAUGAAAUUGAGUUAUGCACUACAAACACAAUACCUUUAUGUUCAAAUCCAAAAGAACAAGCAGAAUUAUUUAGUACCUCUCCUGAUGUACCGCGUCGUCCUAAACAGCCACCAUCACGACCGGCCCCUGCUCGUCCACCUAUGCCAAUGUCACCUAAAAACUCACCACGUCACCAACCACACGUCGGAGUUAUAAGUGUGGUGCCAGAGAUGUUGCAGUUAAAAUCGCCAAAACCUCCUUUGCCACCUCAACCAUUGAUGCCACAACCUUUACAACCACUUGCAACAUCUCAAUCCAAUGAAAAUAACACUAAAAUCGGAGCAUCCAAUAAAGGUACAAAUAUCGAAGGAAACGAAAGUAUAUCAUCCUCCAAGUCGCAGUCACCUACUGAAACUCAGCAAUCAUCGUCAAUGCAUUCGUCCUCUGGUGUUUCACCAGUUGAAAUUGCUGACGGAUCAUUUCCACCCACACCUCCGCGCCUCAGCAAAAAUGUGACUCCGGUAUCAACACCAAAGCAUGAAGCUGCUAUAACUUUCUACGACGGUAGCGCUAAUAUUUACGAAGAAAUUCAGGACGAAAUACCAGCGCCUAGGCAUCCUCCACCGCCAUUUCCACCUGCAGUGGACCACGAAAUUACAUCUAAUAUCACGUCGGCAGAAAGUCCUAGAAGGCAAAUAGGUGUACAACAGGUACCGAUCGGUCCUCCUCCUCCAUUGCCGGCGAGACGAGGUCCUCCGCCUAUACCUAACCGAAGUGGAACUGCACCACCACUACCAACAAGACCAAGUAAUAAUAAUUAAGGAAUUAAUGUCGGCGCUACCGUCUUUGUGAAUGAAAUUGCUUCAAGUGCUGUAUUAGCUAUGCAAAACUUUACCAAUAUAAAUCUAAUAGAAAACAACAAUAAUAUUGGGUAAUUAAAGUCAUAUAUAAACACGUAUAUCGCUAAUAACAUAUUAAAUAAUAAUAAGUUCUUUUUUGCUCAAUUCUUAAGAUAAUUAAAUUUUAAAAUUACUAGUUGCCGUGUAAAUUUACAACAACGGUCUCAAUAAAAUUGAACAUUCCAUGGAAAA